GCCCUUAACACCCCCAACACCAACAUCAACAACAAUAACAACAACAACUGCUAUCGCGCUUGUUUCUGUUUCGAGGAAUCAAGAGAUUUAAUGGUUUUCACCAUCUCAUUAUAAUUACAGCAUCAGGAAACAGGAAAAGAAUGACAUCCAUCGUUAAGUUUGAGGGUAUUUGGGGGGUUGGGGAGGAAACUCCACAUUGUUACCUCCUAACUGUCGAUGAUUUCACUUUCCUCCUCGACUGUGGGUGGGAUGAAAAGUUUGACAAGAGUUAUGUCGACCGGCUGGCCAGGGUCCUUCCACGUGUUGACUGUGUUUUGAUCUCAUAUCCUGAUCCCCUACACAUGGGCGCUUUGCCAUACUUGGUAGGAAGGUGCCAGUUGUCAUGCCCAAUAUAUGCUACUAUUCCUGUUUUCAAGAUGGGGCAGAUGUUCAUGUAUGACUGGUUUCAGAGCCACCAUAAUUAUGACUUGGUGGAACACUUCACAUUGGAUGAUGUUGAUUCUGCCUUUGAACUCAUCACGCAAAUCAAGUACAACCAGAGCAUACCAAUGAGAGGAAAAGGAAUAGGCUUGAAUAUUUCUGCCCAGCCUGCUGGUCACAUGAUUGGAGGCUCCAUAUGGAGGAUAUUAAAAGAUGGAGAAGGUGAUAUUGUGUAUGCUGUUGAUUUUAACCACAAGAAAGAACGCCAUUUAGGAGGCUGUGAGUUGGACAAGAUCUCUCGCCCAUCUCUUCUUAUUACUGAUGCUUUUAAUGCUUCCUACAGACAGGAGCGUAGACGUCAUCGUGAUGAAAAACUUGUUGCCCAGCUGCAAGAAACAUGCCGGAAUGGAGGAAAUGUUCUAAUAGCUACUGACACAGGUGGGAGAGUAUUGGAAAUGACACACAUGCUGGAGCAAAUGUGGAGCACGCGAGAGAGUGGAUUAGCUGCAUAUUCACUCUGUAUUCUAUCAAACACUGGAUACCAUGUCAUACAUUUUGCUAAACAGAUGAUUGAGUGGAUGAGCGAGAAGUUAACUAAAGCAUUUGACUCCCUGCGAACAAACCCCUUUAGUUUCAAGCACCUGAAAUUCUGCCAUAAUCUCACUGACCUCAAUCGUCUUCCGUCUCCUAAGGUUGUGUUGGCAAGCUUUCCUGACCUGGAAUGUGGAUAUGCACGAGAGCUGUUUGUACAGUGGGCCACCAACCCCAAGAACACUAUAAUCUUAACUUCACGGACUGGACCAGACACACUGGCUAGACGGCUUAUAGAAAAUCCCCACAUUAGAACUUUUAAACUUCUAGAGAAGAGAAGAAUGAAGUUGGAGGGUCCUGAACUGGAUGAACAUUACCGACAGAAACGAGAAGAAGAGGAACAACACCAAAGAAUCAAAAUGGAAGAGGUUGAAUCAUCAAGUGACAGUGAAGGUGAGGAAGGCCUUGAAGCUGGAAAGCAUGAUAUCAUUGUUUUGCACGAGAAAGCCGGCACCCAAAGCAUGUUUCGCAGUCGCAAACAUCACCCCAUGUUUCCUUACCAUGAAGAUAAGGUAAGAGGAGAUGACUAUGGAGAAUUUAUUAAUCUUGAGGACUUUGACAUAGGAUCCAUGAAGGAAGAAAAUAAAGAGAAUAUUGAUAUACAAAUUACUUAUGAAGACGAGGAUAUUAUGGACAUAGAGGAGGUUCCAUCAAAAUGUGUGGCACAAACAGUGACUGUAAGAGUUGCAGCCCAGGUUCUCUUUAUUGACUUUGAGGGUCGCAGUGAUGGAGAGAGUAUUCGUAAGAUUGUGGAGGCAAUGCACCCACUUCGAGUGAUCCUGGUAAGAGGUUCCCAAACAGACCUACAAGCUUUUGCCGACAAUAUUCGCACCAUGACUCGAGCCAAGGUAUUCACUCCAGCCCUUGGGCAGGUAGUCAAUGCCUCAAUGGAGUCCCACAUUUACCAAAUAAAACUUUCUGAGUCAUUGGUGUCGUCAUUGAUGCUGAUGCCUGCAGGGCGUGACAUGGAAGUUGCCUGGGUUGAUGGCUAUGUUUCUUACCCUACAGAAAACAUUAAUGGGAUGAUAGAAGAGGCUGAUAGACAAGUUAUCGCAAGUGAAAAUCAGCGGGAUGGUGACAUGGCAGUGCUCAACUUGAUUCAUGGGGAACAGGCACCCUCUCACAGUCCUGUCUUCAUCAAUGACAUUCGACUAAGCGAAUUUAAGCAAGUUCUUAGUCGGGCAGGAAUAAGUUCGGAAUUCAAUGCUGGUAUUCUGUGGUGUGCUAAUGGCACUUUAGCUCUCAAAAAACAAGACUCCGGCAGUAUAUCCCUAGAAGGCCCACUGAGUUCUGAUUACUACGAAAUUCGUGAGCUGCUGUAUUCUCAAUAUGCAAUAUUAUAGAAGACAUAUAAUAAUCAUAAUGAAGGACAUGGAAAAAUUGAAGCUUAGAGAUGAACCAUCAGUUGCAGUUAUCAUAGUAUGUAACCACAAGUAUCAAGGCACAAACUCUGUGUAAUAAGGUAUAAAUAAGCUUAUUUAUAUUUGAAAUGAGCCUUUGUAUUUGCUUAUGUACCUGCAUAGCAUACCAGUGAUGCAACAUGUGGCCCAUGAUCAGUUUAUAAAUAUGAGACUUGAGAAUUGUGAACACUGUAACUAGAAGUCUUCUUUUUAUGAGACCUGAAUUUCAGUUUUUUUUUUUUUUUAGGAAGAGAAAGCCAAGAGACAGCCUUACUUUUCUAGGUACAAAUGAAAUUUGGCAUAAAGAAACGCUUGGCUGGAUCAUAUAAGCUUUUAUUGUUUGGAGUCUGAUUUUUACUCCCUACAAGAUACAGUGAAAUCUCUCAUUAAUGAACUAAUGGAGAGGAGGGGGGUGUACGAUAAUGCCAGUUGUCCGCAACUCCUGAAUUAUGAAAUUAAGAUUUCAUGAUCACCCAGUUGUCUUCGUAAGUAGUGGACUUGGUCUAAUGAUGCAGAAGACAACCAGAGACACUAAGAAUACAAGUAUUGUAACUUGUAGUACUACAGUAUAAUACUGUACUAUAUAGUAAUUUUAUAGUAUUCUACACAAUUUGCAGUAAUUUUACUUAGUUUCUCAUGGUGGAGAGAUUGGGUGUAAACUGCACUGAUUGAUAGUAGUAACUCAGAAUGACUGUUUUGAGUCAGGAGUUGUAAAGUUCCUCUUUAUUUGUCCGUACCAGACAAAUGUUGGAGUUAGUGGAUUUGGCCCAGUAUGUACUUCAGAAGACAACUGGGCACUAUCUCUAUGGGCAAAGUGUGGAAUUACAAACUUUUGUCCAUUUUUGUCAGAUAAUUAGAGCACUUAUAUGUUUUUUUUUUUUUUCCGAAAUUUACAAAAUUUGUUAGCGAGAGGUUUUACUGUAAUUUGAAUCAGUUUAUAUUUAACAACACAGGAGAGUAUUCAGCAAAUACUCUUUUAAACAUUUAUUUCCAUAUGCAGAUGAUUUACCAUAUUAAUUGUUUAGGACCAAAAUGUUCAUUACUAGGGUCACAUUCAAAAUGCUAGUCAGCUUGGGUCCUCUUUAGGGUUGAAAGAAAACAUUCUGAAGUUGUGCAGAUAAUGCAGUGAUGGAGAAAGGCAACAUGUGAUGAUGAAAACAUUUGCCUAUACAUUAUAUUUAAAAUAGAAUUAUUUCUUCUUCUUAAUGUGCAAGUUUAUAAUGAAUACAUUAGCUUUGACGACUGGCUUAAUAUAAAACCAGUAUUAAAUUUCCUAUUAAGAGACAUGUUUAUCAGGAGAUACAGCACCCAACACAUUACUGAGCCACUGAGAGCUGCAAUAUUAGCACCCACUUCUAUAUGCAUUACAUUGUAAUUAUGCAGUUCAUAUAUUAUGUACUCCAGUUGAUGAUGAAAUUAACAACACCCACAUCAAAAAAGUUAAAGAGAACUGAAAAUUUAGUGCUAAGCAAAUUCCCUCAUUGUGUAUUUAUUUUUUAUAACUUUACAAGUCAUGGUUUUCAUCAGUGACAGGAUUUCAUUAUUAAGAAAAAAACUUUUGGUCCCAACAGUUAAAUUUCAUCACUUUAUUGUUUUUAGUCAUGGAGAGCUGGAUUUUCCACUGCAAGUUACUCCAAAGAUAUCGAUAUUCCACAAGCUGCAGGAAUGGUCGGAGAAAUGGUCAAAUUCCCUUUGAUUGCUUUGAAUAUGAUCCUAAUAGCUAAAUUCCGAAUACCAGACUGUAAAAAAAAAUUGUCAUAGACUGCCUUAAAAUUUUGGAAACUACCACAUCUUGUAUUGCCUUAGUUGAUGAAACUUUGCUGUACUGUAUACCAUUUUAACAUCAAACAUUAUUUUAAGAUUUAAUUAAAGAUGCAACUCAAACAGGUGAUGUAAAACUAGUUAUAAGGGUUAAAAAUUUUGAUAUAUUUACUCAUAUUUUUAUCGUACUGAUGAGUUGUGAUGAGCAACUUUGUUAAAGGUAGGGAGAGAAAAUGAAGCAUUUGCACUGAGGUUUGAGCAUCAUAAAUUAUAUGUAACAUUGUCAUGACUAACAAAAGAAUAAUUCAUAUGAUUUCUACAUGUUGAUAUAGGCAUUCCAUAUUUUUUAAGCACAGAAAAUUGGUUAUUUUAUUCAUAGAAAGUGCUGCAUCCAUAGGAGUCAUUCAGCACCUAGUUAAUCAGGUUUGAUCUAGGGAAAGGGAAAAGUGGUAGUUACAAUUUUUUGGAUUAAAUCAUUCACUGGCAGAGGCACCCUCCUUUAACCCUUUCAGGGUUUCGGACGAACUAGUACGGCUUACGCACCAGGGUUUUUGACGUACUAGUACGCCUAAAUUCUAGCGCCCUCAAAUCAAGUGAGAGAAAGCUGGUAGGCCUACAUAUGAAAGAAUGGAUCUAUGUGGUCAGUGUGUGCAGUAUAAAAAAAAGUCCUGCAGCACACAGUGCAUAAUCAGAAAAAAAAACUUUGACCGUGUUUUUGGAUUAAAACAGCGACUUUGCACUG